AGGAUUAUCACAAACACACAACAGUUUAUUCACAUACACUUACAUACGACAGUGUUAAUAAAAGUCAUUCACAAAUGUGCAGCUAACCUCAGACCCUGCAGUAGUAAAAAAGAUGAUGGAGAGGGGAGGAGAGUAGAGCUGUGUUGUGCAGUGUUUGGAGGAGGGACUCCAUCAUUUAAAGAAGUAAGAAGUUCCUGGUUUGGCAGUGAAGAAAUCUGAGAAGCAGCAGUAAACCAUCAGAGCCUCAACAUGAAAGUCCAACACACUUUGAUCUGCUUCUUCUUCCUCUUAUCAGCUCUGCAGGAUGGAAACACUGGUCUCCCAAAUGCCCCAAUCAAUGCGUUUACAGGAACUGAAGGAGGAGAUAUUACAGUUACAUGCUCCUUUUCUUCAUCUGGAAACUGGAUGAUCUUCUGCAAGAGAGAAUGUAAACCACAGGACACCCUCAUUGAAACAACUCGUAUCAUAAAACGGAGAGGCAGAUACAGCAUCAGACAUGAAGGAGGAAAUGUUUUUGUGAGCAUCACACAGCUGACCAAGUCUGACUCAGGAUGGUACAGGUGUGGUUUGGGUGAAUCUUUGUCAUCAGCUUUAUUCGAAAGCGUUCAAAUCAUUGUUGAAGAUGCUCCAACCACUUCAACAACAAAAUUGUCUCUACUGGAUAUUACAACAUCAAUCCCAUCAGCCUCCACAACAACAACAACACAGAGUUCAAGCUCUCAGACUGAGCAGCAGCAGGCUUGGACUGCAUCAUCUGAAGGUUGGACCUCAUCCACCGCUCUUCUGCUGUAUGUUGUUCCGAUUGUUGUCAUCAUCUCAGGGCUGGCACUGAUGAUAGUCUGUAUUCAGAGGAACACCAAACCUAAAGUGUAG